UAAGACUCAUAAUUGAGUGAAGAAGAAUAAAAUAAAUCCCAUUAGAACUAAACAGAAGCAACGACUUUGAAAGCAAAGGGACCAUAACAUUCUCAUAAAUAAGUGACAGGUUCAUCAUCACCAAAACAACUCGCCAAAGAAGUAAGGAAGAACCUCUGCAUCAAUGGCGAUUUCGAAGCUCCAUCUACUCUUUCUUCUCUCAGUCUUUUUCUCCCUUCAUCGUCUUGUUCUUUCCGACUCCGAUGAAGAAAAUCUUCUUAAAGUAUUCAACGAAUACAGAACAUCACUAAACCUAAAAACGUUAACAAAGAACAACAACGCAGACUGUCUGGCAGACGAAGUCGCAGACCAAUUCAAGAACCAAACCUGCUCAAACACCAAUGGAUUCGCCUUAGUCCCCGGAACAGAUCCUAGAAUCCCAAACUUCCCUAACCUCCUCGCUAAGUGUCGCCUCAGAACAACCGUAAUCAGAGACGGCGAGAUAAUGAAAGCUUGUGCUCCUGACUAUGAUCCGAUUCCUGUCUUGAGAAAUUUCACCCUUGUCGUAAUCAAGAACUUGAAUGAUUCCAAGUUCACUGGAAUUGGUAUUGCCAAAGGUGGUAACUGGAUUGUUGUCAUCCUCACUACAAACACACGGGAAGGUGGCUAUUCUUUGGCCGCAAACUCAUCAGGAGCUUUUGCAUUCGGAGUUAAUGGCGUUGUUGUUUCUUCAACUUUCUUGUUCCUUCUCUUUUGUUUCUUCAUGUUUUGAGUCCCAUUUUUUUUUUUCCUCCACGUUUUUAAGUCACCUCGUUUUCGUUGUUUCUUAUUAUAUUGUGAAAUGUGAUAACGUUAACGGUGAGAAGAAAAAUAUUGGAGUAAGUCCCCUUUCUUGAUAGUGUUAAU